AUGGAUCUGGAGGAGAGGAUGAGGACGAGGAGGAAGGAGAAGGGAGGGCGGGAGGCCCCUCCUGAGCCAGGCGAUACGCCUCUUGUCCACGUGCGGGAGGUGCGAGAGGCCAUCCGCCUCGUGUGGCCCGACGAGCGGGUGGUCGUGCACGACGACCUGGCCCUCGACGUGCGAUCGCCGCCGGCUGGCCUGGGCCUGCUCGCGGCCGCCGCGGAGGCUCCGCCCCCCGCGGCCUGCCUGCGGAGACUGCUGAGACUGGCCCGAUUGGGCCUGCGGCCGCCCGACCGCAUCGGAUUGAUUCGGCUGGCGGGCAUGACGUUCAGCUUCCAGUGCAAGGCCUACUUGAUCGCGCAAGACCGAAGAUAUCGACCUCUUCCCGACAAGUGCGAAGAUGGGGCGCAGGAAGUGGACGGCGUGAACCUGUCGGUCCAAGAGGAGGAGCUAAGCGCGCAGCUGUACUUCGCCCUGGUCCUAGUCAUGCCCGAGGAGGAGUACGUCCCAAGCGAAGCAGGCAACGUGCUGGCGAUGUGGACCAAGCUUACGGACGCGAAGUUCGAGGCGACAGACGACGUCAUGGUGAGCAUCAGCAAGCUCGACGAGGACAUGACGAAGUGCCAGAAGAUGUCGGGCGAGCCCGUGUCGGAUCUCAUCGAGCGAGGGAUCCUCGCCAAGGCGUUCAAGGAUCACGCGGGCUUGCAGAAGCACGUGUUUCGGAACAGCAGUCGGCUGAACACGUGCGAGCUCCUGCGAGCCGAAGUCGUGUCAGCGCUGACGGCGGAGCGAGCGGCCCGCGACGAUCCGAUGGGCAUUGGCGGGUUGAAGGGCGGCAGGAAGGCGUGGAAAGGCCGGGGCGAAGGCAAGGAAGGCGAGGGCGAGGAGAGGCAGCCGAACCCAGACACCGACCCAGAGUGCAACAACUGGCGCAAGAAUGGCCACCGAAGCGCCAACAGCCGCAAUCGGAUAGCCGACGAGAAGAAGGCAGCCGCCAACCGCGACGACAAGCACGGGCGCUCGAAGUUCGACUUCUUGCAGCUGCUGCGAGCCAGCUGCGGCGCGCAGAUCAGCGCCGCGCCGAGAGAGCAGGUUACCCAGUGCAACUGCGCGCCGACGGACAGUCGCGUCGUUGGCUUGAAGGGUAUCGGAGGCGAAGAGAUCGAGAGAGCGUUCUCCGUAGUCCUGCAGGUCACUGGAUCAUCAACGGCGCCAUCGAGCCGCCUGAAGGAGCGGAAUUCGUGCCUCUACGACGCCAUCAGGUCCCAGCUGAACAAGAGCUGGAUUUUUACCGAGGGCUCUCGGCUCAGAGGUCGAGCGGAUGGCGAUCCAAGCUGCGUGCAGGGGCCAGCGGGCGAGAAGCAAGUGCCGAGUGUGUUGUUCGACAUCUUCUAUGUGGGAACUGACCGGCUGGCGGCUAAGUGCAAGGCUAAAGGGGGCUACUUCAGCAUCCGCGAAAAGCCGUUGGUAACGAAAGCAGAUCUCGAGCAGGCGAUCUCGGUUCUGAACGUGAUCGAUUGCAGGAUCCUGGCACAGGCAGCGCUGUAUGCUAACGGAGAGUUGGAUGUCUACAGUCUGUUUUCCUGA